AUGGCAUCCUUAAGAAAUGUAAUGAAGCUCUACCCAAGUAGCACUGCUCUUUUCGUUUGCGAUAUUCAAGAAAAAUUUAGACCCUACAUUUAUCAAUUCUUGAGCGUGGUAUCAACGGCGCAGAAAAUGAUUGCUGCUUCCAAGAUCCUGGAAAUUCCGAUGAUUGUAACUGAACAGAAUCCAAAAGCUCUUGGAGGAACGAUUCAAGAACUCGACAUUACCAAUGCUAAAGUUGUAUCUAAAACAAAAUUUUCAAUGUUAGUCCCGGAAGUAGAAAAAACAUUGAAAGAAAAGAAUACAAAAUCGAUAAUACUCCUUGGCAUUGAGUCACAUGUGUGCAUACUACAGACGACUUUGGAUUUAUUAGAGAAUAAUUAUGAUGUUCACGUUUUAGCCGAUGGUGUUUCAUCCAUAAACUAUCCCGAAAUUAAUGUUGCAUUAGAACGUUUGCGUCAAUCUGGUGCUUCAAUCACAACUUCAGAAUCAAUUUUGUUCCAACUUCUGGUUGACGCCAAAAAUGAAAAAUUCAAGAGCAUUUCAAAUUUGAUAAAGGAAUACAAAGAAGCGACCUCCAAUAACAAAUUGUUAUAUAGAUCUACUUUGUAA